AUGGGCUAUAGAGGGUUGGAAGGGUUUCGAUGGACAACGGUAUGUCGAGAUACCACGCGCGCCGAGGAUGAGAAGUUCACUCAUACUCUAUGCGAUUCAGCAACUACUGCAAGUCUACGGGAAGAGAUUGCAGCGUUGCGGCUCUUUGCACAGCGCCCAGAAUUGGCUGGGAGUAUCCAACGACCACUGAGAGUUUACAUAUAUACUUCGCUAAAACAGUUCGAAAUCUUAGAAAAGCGAGGCUGGUUCAUGAAUGCCAUCCGACAGGUCCGGAUAUCUGAGUCAAUCACCUCUCCUAUUCUGCGUAUUUGCCUCACUCUCCUCCUUAGUUUCUUCAUUAUAGCCGUCACUGUCUUGCCUGAUGUCAUUGGUUUCACUAUCAAUGAGCGAGCAUUCAAUGCCCGAACAUUACCAGCUCAGAGCCGCACAGGAAUUCAGAUACUGUCCAUGAUUUUAUUCCCGCAAGCCAGCUUACGAUUAGCGUGGACGUUUGCUGUUGAGCGCCUGGCUCUGCCUAUUGCCAAUACCGUUGGUUAUUCCUUUGUCGCAUGGAAUCCCAAAUACUCGCACCUUCCAGAGCAGCUAUGGUUUCAAGUUACCGUCGGCAUCGCAAAUGUGCUAGGCCAGUUGGGACAGGCAUUCAUUAUGAAUAUUUGGUUGAAAUGGGAGGAACUCUGGAGGAGACGAGUCCCUCCUCUCCCCAUUGAACUACAAUAUCAAGCUGGGAUUCGUUAUGCAUCACUCAAAAAGAAGAUUGACGUCUUUCAUGCGCUUGCUAAACAAGCUGAUCUAGGGCGACACAUGAAUACACAGGUCGCGCUUACCAAAGGCGACUUGCAGAAACUAGAGGAUAUUCUGCUUGAGUGUUCGCCUCCCUCCCUCCGAGAAAUAAGAUCAAGACCGCGGUAUCCUAGGAGUCCUCGAUUGUUUUUAUUCUUCUUGACCUUGGGGAUCAUAGUUCUGAACGCGGUGGCCUAUUACUACGACUACUACCUAGUAUUGACUGUCGCGGCUGCUGGCGUCUUCGUCCUACUUCGGCAGGGUGAAAGGGCACUAUCUCCAUAUCAUUCAACAAGGGACAUGAUCAACGGCUUCUCAAUUCUUACAGCCGGCCAAGUUCCGGCUAUUAUAGUCCUCGCUAUACCUCUCCUCGUUGCGCGUGAGCGAUACAACACCGACCUUUUGGCCAAUACAGUGGUAUUCGCCGUGUUGACCACCAUUCUAGGCAUACUCACCAACACGGUUACUGACCUUUUCGCUGACUUCAUGCUUGUGUGUGCUCGAAAAGUCAAUUGGAUUGCAGACGAGGACACGGUGAAAUCACAAAGGGAACACGAGGAUAUAGUUGAUGCUGCGAUCAGCACAGCUCUAGAGUCAUUCCACCUAUCCAUGAUUGAAGGAAAAGAACUAGGGGCCAGUUCAUCUGUCAAAGCUGUGGUUUAG